AUGGGCGGGCGGCCUUCGGAGCGCGAGGAAUCGGGCGACACCGGCGCAGGUGGCGGGACGGAGCUGAGCCGCGGGGACCGCCUCGGCUUGGAGCGCAAGUUCCGGGGCCCCAGGCGGAGGGGGCCGUUUGGCGCUGCCGGGACCCCGCCUGGCUACUUGGUAAAGGGCCGGUUGCGUUGCCCCUGGCACGGCGCCUGCUUCAGCACCAAGACUGGCGACAUUGAAGAAUAUCCCACCCUGGACUGUCUGCCUGUUUUCCAAGCAACCGUGAAGGAGGGGCAGGUGUACGUCUCAGCCAGGAUGAAGGAUCUUGAAAGUGGCCGCAGAGUGAAGCCCAUGGCCAGAGAGUGCCAGCUGGACUGCCAGACGGCUCUGUUGCUGGGAGCAGGCCCGGCAGCCCUGACCUGCGCUGAAACUCUUCGGCAAGAGGGCUUCACCGGCAGGAUCAUCAUGGCCACCUGGGAGAAACACCUUCCCUACGACAAGACAAAGUUGACCGAGGUGGUGUCUCUGGAUCCUGCAGGCAAAAUGGCCCACUUCCGGGAUGGGACAUCCCAGGCGUACAGCAGCCUGCUGAUUGCCACGGGCUGUAGCCCUCGGAAGCUCCAGUGCCCGGGCUGCAGCCUGGGGAAUGUCCGCACACUCCUCACCCCUGAAGAUGCCAGCUGGAUCCUGGCCUGGGCCCUGGGCAAGACCGUGGUGAUUGUGGGGGCCUCUUUCAUCGGGAUGGAGGUAGCCGCCAACCUGAUUGGCAAAGCAGCCCAGCUCCAGGUGGUGGAGAAGGAAGAGCGGCCCUACCAGCUGACCCUGGGAGGUCAGGUGGGCACCGUGGCCAUGAAGAUGCUCGAAGCCCAGGGAGUUCGGUUCCACCUGAAGACAGAGGUGGCCCGGAUGCAGGGAGAGGAUGGGAAGGUCACCAACGUUGUUCUUAGCAAUGGUUCUGUUCUCCCUGCGGACUUGGUGGUGGUGGGCAUCGGCAACACCCCAAAUACCAGUUUUGUCCAGGGAAGCUCCAUCAAGCUUGACCGCACAGGGUCCAUCCUGGUGGACCUGUUCAUGCAGACCAGCGCCCCGUCUGUCUUUGCUGCUGGGGACGUGGCCUCCUUUCCUGUGGCUCUGGCUGGUGGCAAGUCCACACCCAUCUAUCACUGGCAGAUCGCCCAAGCCCACGGACGCGUGGCGGCCCUGAACAUGCUGUCCAGGCGGAGGCCGCUCCACACGGUGCCCUUCUUUUGGACCAAGCUGCAGUCAAAGACCAUCCGCUACGCAGGUUACGGGACGGGCCACACGGAGACGGUGCCGAAAGGUGAUCUGGGCCAGGAGAGCUUCCUCCUCUUCUACCUCAGGGAUGGCUGGGUGACCGCAGUGGCCAGCCUGAACUGUGACCCCCUGGUGGCCGUGGUAGCUGAGACCCUAUACUCGGGGAGAUGCAUCUCCAAGCAAGAGGCAGAGUAA